CACACAUAAAUUAUUAUUUUGAUAAUAUCAUUUUUCAAAUAGACUCAAUGAAGAUCGAUCAAUUUUUUUUUUCCUCGAAAUGUAUUGAACACAGGACACUAUAUGUAUUUGGAAGGUUAAACAUAAACUAUAUGUAUUUAUUUAGACAUUUUUUCCGAAUUCUUUGGAAAUUUGUAAAUAAUAAUGUUAAGAUGUUAAAAUUUUCUUUUCCUACGACCACUUAGGAAAGAGACACAUAUCACACUAUAUAGUCCUAUGGAAAGUGCCCUAUAUCACACGCGUAUGAAUAAGAAUUUACUUUCCACCCGUGUACAAAUAUACUACUUUCCGCAUUAGCUGUCACAAAAUGUCAAACGCGUCAUUUCUAUUUUGAUCUAUGUAAUGUCCAUAUUAAUACUCUUCAACAAUUAUUAUUAAAAUAAUUUUAAAAUAACUAAGUUGUUUGCUUUUUAUUCUGGCUAAACACAUAACCGAUUAAAUCCUUCAAUUGACGCAAGGCCUAUUAGCUCAGAUGGUUAGAGUAUCAAACUUUAUCAACUUUGCCAUUUGAGACCUGGCGAGCGACCGCAUUCAAAUCCUUGCACGGGCAGAAUUUUUUUUUUGUUUUUUUUUUUUUGUUUUUUUAUUAUUUUUUUGUUUAGAAAAUAUGAAAAUUUAUUAAAUACGAUUAUUGUUGAUUAUUUUUUUAAAUACAUUUUAAUUAUUAUAAUAAUAAACUGGUUUUACAUUUUUUGAUGAAAUUAUUUUGUGGUCGUAGGAAAAAUAUUGUACAUCACUUGUGUGAAAAGUAAUUUUCCACACUCGUGUGAUAGUCGCACUUGGCUUGUGCCUCGUGCGACAAUAUUUUCCACUCAUGUGAAAAAUGUCACUUUCCACACUCUUAAUGUAAUAUACUAUUUUUUCUGUACGACUCUGCUCACUAACUUAUAACAUGUUAUUCCCAUACCUCCAUGGUUAUACCGCUAGCUACUCCUCUCCCUACUAAAUGGGUAAACCACUGGUGUACUAGAGACGAAAGUUGGGAUUUUCUCUCACUAGUGGCGGAAAUGAAAUUUUCGCUAGAAGUAUCCUAUAUCCGAACGAUGUAUUUUCGUAAGGAGUUGUAAAAAAACAUUUUCAGUCACUAGAACGUUCAUUAGUCUGUUAUGAUGAACUGAAAAUAUGGAUGUUGACAUUUCCAAUUAUAUUAUAAGGCGUUCUAUAUCUGAAAAAUAAUAUGUUUCAAGAUUAUUUUACAUUUUAUUUUAUUUGACCUGCCUCGUACAUUAAAUUCACCGUCAUUUAUAUUUUUUUCUUUUCAGUUCUCUUCCAAAUAGAAAUCGUUAGCUGGCACUACUAACUCGUUUUUUACAAAACAAUUUAAACCGUAGCAUUUUUCCUAUUUUCGGCUUGACCAAUUUUCUGGCAUUGCCCCGCACGACUUGCCAAAACGUCGACUUUUAUCUAGUUUUUUUCUUCUAAUUUUUCGAAAAUGGUGAUUAGUAGCGUCUGAAUCUCCGCGCCAUUCGAACGCAUGCAUCUCGGGGUAGCUAUAAAUAAAAUACAGAAAGGGAAUUCCACAGCCUAGCGCGUGUUCUAAAUCAGAUCCGUCCUGUCCUGCAUACAGUAGUUUCGAGCCAACCGAAAAUGAUGAACGUGUAGAAAAGGCUUUUUGAGUGAGUGCAAUUUUGGAAUUAUGGGUAAAAAACGUCGACUGAAUAGAUUCAUAUCCAAGUGGAUCAAGAGCGAUCUUCCGGAAGACCGCACAACGGUUUUGCUACUGGGAGUGACUAGAAUACCAACAUCUCCAUUACCGAAUCGGCGACCCUAUUCUCUACCCCCCAAUACUACCCUCGAAAAAGCCGAUUUUCUCGGCGAAGAAGGUGGCGUUAGGCAAACACCUCGCCGGGGAUCCGUUUCUGAUGAGAAGAAAAGCGUAGUCGUCAGGAGAAAUUCUUCGUUGAAGAAGGGUGGUGGUGGUAGAAGGUUACAGGUGCCGGCGAUCAACGUUCACCACGUGGACGUCGCUCCACAGGUGUCCGUCGUCUCUUUGCCAACCCCGACCGCCGGCAAAGAAUGUUUUGAACGAACCGAUUUCUCGGAAACCCCGCUGACCCAUCAUCAGCAGGGUGAAAGAACCCUUGGUGGUGACGUAGCGACUACGGCGGCAGCUAAAAGGACGACGACGAAAUCUAAAUGCGCCAUAGAUGACGUCAUGACGGCGCCGGGGAACGUUAUGGAGAGGUCCGUUGACUCUAUCGGAACGUGUUCCUUGGACGUGGACGCUUCAGUCGAUUUUUCAGAUUGGUCUGAAGCGUCUUCAGCCGGCACACUUCGAAGCGCAAGCAUCAUAUCCCCCCCGACCCCUGAACCUCAUUUACCUUCAUAUUUAAGUCUUGCUUGUACCGUUAACGGUUACUCCACCACAACGCACUACGACCCACUACGUCUGGCAUCCAGGUCCCGAGAUGCGUCUCCACACCGGAUAGAAUCGGACCCACAUCUUAAACCAUCAAGUUAUUCGAUACAGAACAACCUUCUUUCUCCACCAAACAUAGUUCCUCUACCCAUUAAAAAAAUGGAUAACACCUUAGCGCAACAUAGAAGCGAUUUCUAUAACUCAAUGAAAACAACUACGUACUUGAGCAAACAGUCAUUCACGUCAGGCAUAUUUAGCAGCAUUACGAGUACUAAAGACACGACAGAUAGCUGUUUGGAAAAUAACGAUCGCAGUAUCCAGAACAAGUGCGUUUCAUUCGAAAGCACUACCAUCUCUACCACGAACGGGCAAACGAAAUGCCUAUCCGAAACCGCGAUGAAACAAGAAUACUCAAACGGAAACGAAACGAAAUCCUUCAUCCAACAAAGAGUCGAACGCCUUUACGGCCCCGGCGCUUUGGCGCAAGGUUUCUUCAUUACCAAACCUCAGAAAACUCGUCUUUCUGAGUCGGAAAGCAGAACAUCAACCGUUAACACCGAUAGACACUCCAAAUCCUUAAAUGACGAUUUACUAGAAGACGAUAUGGAACCUUAUAUGAAACAGAGCACCAGCAGUCCCACAUUACCAGUUUUGAGGCAUCUCAGACCGGAAUUUAGGGCGCAGUUGCCGGUUAUUAGCCCUAGGAAAGGAGGACAGUUCGAAAGCGUUAUUCAAAAGAGUAUAACGAUACCUAAAUUAAAUGAGGAAAUUAAAGUGAACGGACACUCGAAAACGAACGAGAAGAAUACGAUAUGCGAGAAAAAGGAAGAAAGCAAUGGAUCGUUAGCUAUUAGUAAUAAGACUGGAACAGAGGAAAAAGACGGUCAUUAUUUCCUGAAGAUUAUAGAUGAGCAAGCGAAAAGAUUGUUAGAAUUGGCUGCGAGGGUAGAAAGUCAAAUAUCAACGCCAAAUUUAUCCGAAGAAGUGAUAGGAAUACUUAGAUCAGCAUCCGGAAAAGCAAGAUUAUUAGUCACGCAAAAGAUGCAACAGUUCAAAGGUCUUUGUACGAACAAUAUUAAUCGGGUUGCUGGAGAAGCAUUCCCAACCACGAACGAGGAUCUACAGGGUUUCUGGGACAUGGUUAUGUUGCAAGUGGACCAAGUAGAUGCUUUAUUCAAAGAAAUAGAAGACCUUGAAAGAAACGGCUGGAAAGAACCAGCUAAAUUUGUGCCCAAACCUUCCACCACUUUGAAUGGCUCGACCAGAUUUAAAAAACCCGCGAAUCGUCCCAAAACUAAUUCUGCGGCAAACGAAGAAGCUCGAAAGCACAGGGAAGCCGAACGAAAGAGGAUUCUAGAGGAACGACGUAAGGCAAUGAAAGCAGCUCAACAAAAUAAACCGACUAUUGAAAUUUUUGUGCCUGAUAACGCUAGCUGAGAUAGGUCCGUAGUUUAGGUCUUUUUUGCUAUUAAAUUGCUGCACUAUAUUCUUUUUUAUAUUUUUUAAUACGCUCACUUGUACAAUCUAUAAAUAUAUAACUUUAUUGCAUUGCUAAUUAUAAUGUUUUAUUGUAUAAAUACUAAAAUUGACACUGAAGAACGGCAAUUUGUUUUAUAUCUACAUUUAUAUAUUUUGGGAGCAGUACAAUAAAUUACAUAGAUAAAAACUGACGAAACAUGUGGAGACAUCACUGUAAAAUAUACUUUUAAAAAUAAGAAAUUUUCAAUAAAUUCAUCUAGGUAAUUUAAGUAAUCUAGUUUUUUUCUAUAAAAACCAGAUUUUACGACGUCAUUUUAGGUUUAUAACAUAACAAAUUGUAGGGCUUAAAAAUAUGUAUUCGAAUACAAGGCUUGCAUAAUUAUAACUGUAUUUGAGCUCUAAAAAAUAUGUUCUGUAUUGUCUCUCGUCUAGAUAUAAUUAGGCAUUAGGCAUAUUUCAAUACAGAUUCUUAAGCCUAUCAAUUUGUUAUUUCUUUGUCAUUAACAUAGCUAGAACUCCUGAAAUGGCGUCACUCCCGUUCCCACACCACUUUAAUGAAAGUUUCUAUUUAAAUAAAAAAUACACUUUAUUUCUGGUCAAGUUUUCUUGGACUAUAAAUGAACAAUUUUGCCAUUCUUUUUGUAGAAAAAUUUAAACAAGCACUCAAAAUAUAUUGAUUUGUAAUAAUUUCGCUUUCUUUUCAAUCAAAGUUGAGACUUUUAUUCAAACAUUAUGGGAAACUGAUAAAUCUACCCCUAUUGGCUGUGCUGUAUGUAUCUGCUUGAUUGCAUUUUAAACUAUUAAGGCAAUCAUUUAUUUUUAUAAGUCUGUGCACAUUUCAAUAAAACGAUAGUUUUUGAUGGUAUAAAAAUAUCGUAUUUGGUGGCUCGUAAUUUGAAGUUUAACAGAGAAAAAUAUAUGUUUAUUAACACGUUCUCUGCCAUGUUAGCAACACAGAUACUUCAUAAAAAGGUCGCAUUAACUCAUUUUCUUAGUUAAAAACGACACUAUUAUAAAAUAUGGGAAAGUGUCAAUAUGGACUAAAAGACACACUGUGGGUUAAAUUUAUUCAUGUGAUCCCAAUAGUUUUCAGUGUGCGAAUAAAGUUGUUUUAUUCAAUGGAUACAAACGCAAAUAAACACAAACAAAAGUAAAUAAAACAAAAGGAUUUAGACUUAAAAACGAUUUUUUCACUUUUUUUUUAAGUAGUUCUUACUUAUCUUUUUCGUUUAACAUUUACUUCCAUCUUUCUUUACUUACUUUCAACUUGUUGUCUUUGUCUAAAUUUCUGCAACAUCAAUCUUUGUUUAUUUUUUGAAAUCUAUUUUAGACAGGUUAUCGUCAUUUACAAGCCUACAUAAAAUCAUUUGCCAUUUGGUAUCAACAUCUUUUAAAAAUUUGCUUGGCAGAGAACGUGUUAAAUACAAGGCAGAUUUUUAUUUGCACUUAAUCUCAUUGAUCCAUUAUUUAUUGUUUCAUUGUUUAGACUUUUUGUAAUCCUAACAUGUAUAUUUUAAGAGCCAGUUAUAUCUGGAAAUAAAUUUUUAAUUAUUCUUUUUUUACUUUUUUAUAAAAAAUAAACUAUUGAUACUAAAAGGACUUUGUACAAACAGUUAUAUAAGGGGUUUGUUUUGGUUCAAACAGAACUGUCGAUUCCAGUUCUCAAAUACUGGGGAUGAAUUAAUUUUUCAAGAACACGUUGCGAGAUUAUAACAACCUCUUAGCGGAUCGAGUGUAAUUCAGUGAUUCUGAACUAGUUUCAGAAAGAACCAAAACAAGCCUACCAUUUUUGUACUGCUUCUGAUUGGUUAAUUAUUUCUUAUUUUAUUUUUGUGCUUCAAAAAAAAUUAAUAAAUCAAUGUACAAAGACUGAGUUAUAAAACAAUAAUACUGAAUAAAAAAUAUAUAUAACGCAUAUUACCAGUAAUAACCAAAAAUUAUUGUACUAAAAAAAAAAGAAAAUACAUUCCCAGUCCUUUUUAUAAUAUACUGGUGUAAUUUUUAAUUUUUUUUAGUAUUUGUUAUACACCGACUGUAAGGCAUUUUGAUGUUCUAAAAGUUGAAAGAUGUACGUAACUUUGGAGAUUGUUUAUGAGUCGUUAAUGUACUGUCUGUUUUUGUUACUCAGAAUACAUAUUUUUACUUAUUUAUCCAGAGAGUCGAUACAGGGCAUUUCACAAUAAACAAGAACUGACUGAUAAUGUAAAUGAAAUAUCCUAUCUUCCAUCCAUUUUAUAAAGUUUGUUUACACCAAAGCUGACAGUUAUUUUUUAGACGUCAACUUUUAUAGAUUUCUUUUGGCUAUAAUUUCAUGUAUUAAUUUUGGGCACGUCUAUUUGGAACGUUUCUAUUAGAAAAUAUUGUCCUGAGUACCACUUCUCUGUGUAGUACGUGGUUUUUGGGUUAUCUUUUCAUAAUUUCCGUUUUGAUAUACCUUUGUAGUAGUACAAUAAUACACGUACUAUAGUUCCAUCUCUUUAUGUGAAAAUCUGUAGUCUUCUCUCAAUCACAUAAUAUCCAUUUGUUUUUAAGCCUACAAUAACUUAGUAGAUAUAUGCUCAGUGAGGUUUGACGAUGGCCUUUUAAGAAUUCUUUGGCCGUUUUUGUUCUGGUCAGUUAAUUCCUCCAUUCAUGAUAUUUGUUUGUCAUAACGAUCUUUAUGAUACUGAAAAGGGCAACUCACAGCAACUGAGGCUCUUUCUUGGUAUAGAGUUUAACAUCUUUUUUGUGUCUUGGUACCCAAUCUAAAGUUAGUUGUUUCUGGACAAUUACAGAUGAUGCUGUAUUUAAAAUGAUUUUUUUAACAAAAUUAUUAUCCCAAAAAUCUUCGUUUCGUUUAUUGAUGCUUUAUUUGUCUUGGUAUUUUAUGUUAGUUUGUUAUCUAUGAAGAUGUCAUUUGUUAACUAUAGCGUAGAUGCUGAAAAUAUCUGAGGAAAGAAUUUAAUGAAGGUGUAAAAUUAAACUUAUAAAACGGCGACUGAGCAAACAACCAUAAAUUAUUUGAUGUUAAAAAUAUAUUCUUAAUAAUUAAUCAAGGAAAAAUUACGAAUGAGCAAACAACCAAAAAUUAUUUGAUGUUAAAAAUUAUUCUUAAUAAUUAAUCGAGUAUAUUAUUCUCCUUUGUCGGUGUAUUUGUAAUUAUUUGUUGACAGAUAUUUUAAUCUAGUUGGCUUACUAUAGAUAAGUUUUAUUAUUAUGUUAGUUUUUAGGGUGAACAGUUAAAUCAUGUGCAUUUAUUUAUUACAGAUCAGCAACUUUUUCAUUCGAUCGGCAUUAUUUAUAUCUGGUUUUUUUGAUAAUUAUUUAUAUUUGAUUAACUUACAUUAAAUAAAUUAUUUAC